AUGGGACGAGUUAAGCUGCAGAUAAAGAGGAUAGAGAACAACACCAAUCGGCAAGUGACCUUCUCAAAGCGUCGCAAUGGCCUCAUCAAGAAGGCCUACGAGCUCUCCAUCCUCUGCGACAUCGACAUCGCCCUCAUCAUGUUCUCUCCCUCAGGACGGCUCAGCCAUUUCUCUGGAAGGAGAAGGAUCGAGGAUGUUCUUGCUAGAUAUGUGAAUCUCCCAGAGAAUGAUAGGGGAGGGGUGAUCCAGAAUCGAGAGUUCUUGAUCAGGGCGCUGAAGAAGCUCAAGUGCGAGAACGACAUGGCGGCCCUGGCCAACCCUACAGUGGUCAACUCCAACGUGGAGGAGCUUCAACAAGAGAUCGGUCGGUAUCAGCAACAGCUACAGCUUUCGGAACAACGCUUAAGAUUUUUCGAACCUGAUCCUCUCAGCUUGACGUCCAUGAGUGAUCUCGAGUCAUGCGAGAAGUUCGUCAUGGAAGCCCUGCAGCGCGUUACGGCAAGAAAGGAAUAUUUGCUGAGUCACCAUCUGUCUUCUUACGAUCCCUCAGCAUCAAGCAUGCAGAUGUACCUGCAACCGCACCAGGAGCGGCUGCCCGACCCAUACGGGAGCGAGAUGGUGCAGUGGGUCCCAGAGGGGGCGACCAACUCCGGCCACCAGAUCUUCGUCGGCUCUGAUCCCUUGAUGGACCUCAGGUACAGAUGCCGCACCCCGUCGAUCACGAUCGAUGAUCAGCUCUCGCGAGAAUCGACGGCGUAG